AUGCCCAUAAGCGGGAAAAAGCGCCCCCACGUGGACACUAAACCGGGAGGUCCUUUACCACUCCCCUACAACUCACAUCUCCCAGCAUGCAACAAUAGCGAGAAGAAGCGCCCCCCAACCGUGACACUAAACGGGCGUCCUGUCCCCCCUCCCAGAACUCCAUCUCCCAGCAUGCAAACGGGGAAAAGCGCCCCCCCAUCGCCCCCACGGCCACUAAACUGUGAGUUCCAUUCCCACUCCCAGAACUCCAUCUCCCAGCAUCUGCAAAGAGCGGAAAAAGCGCCCCCACGGACACUAAACGGGGUCCUUUACACCUCCCAGAACUCCAUCUCCCCGGCAUGCAAAGCGGGGAAAAGCGCCCCCCAACCGUUCGUGACACUUAAACGGAGUCCUGUCCCCUCCCCCAGAACUCCCAUCUCCCAGCAUGCCAAAGAAAGUUUUCUGCAGUACCCAACACCUUUUUUUCCCCCUUUCCUUAGGUUGGUGGUGCGAGGGGCAUGCCUGGGUGCCAGCAUCCUCUUCUUGGCUGUGAAUGUGGCAUGUGCUGUGCUGGUACGGGCACGCCGGGCUGAGCCCUGGGCAGUGGUCCUGGCACGAGUACUCAUCAGUGAUUCACUCUUUGUGCUCGGGGCUGUCUCUCUUGCCCUGUGCCUCUGCCUCGUGGCCCGUGGCUCUCCUUCAACCCGCAUCUAUCUAGAAGCUAAGGGCACCACGCUGUGCCAAACUGCUGCUAUGGGUGGCACCAUCGUCUUGCUGUAUGCCAGCCGAGCUUGCUACAACCUGGUGGCCUUGGCACUUUCCUCCCGCACGCGCCUCGAUUCCUUUGAUUACGACUGGUACAAUGUAUCUGACCAGGCAGAUCUGAUUACAGACCUAGGCGAUCAAGGCUAUGUUGUCUUUGGCCUCAUUCUCUUUGUUUGGGAAUUGUUGCCCACGACAUUAUUAGUUGGCUUCUUCCGGGUACACCGGCCAGCUCAAGAUAUGAGUGCCAGUCGUGUCUUCAACCGGCAGCUUGGAGUCUCUCGUUCUUAUUUCUUUGAUCACCUGGGACAGCGUGAUAGUGAAGGACUCACUAGCAGCCUGACUGGACGACUGGCCAGCGGCAGCUGGUAUGGUUCAAUUAACCGCAGCGGGGAUCAGGACUGGUUUGGGGGCCACCCUCCCACGGCUCCCCUUCUCUUCUCGCAGGCAGCCGCUCCUGGUGGCCAUCACCACAGCCUCUAUUCCACCCCACAAAACUGAGGAAUGUAGGAGGGUUUGCAGCUGGCAGCCCAAGAAAUUGCUACUGAUGCAGGAAUGUGUGCGUGUAAAAUGGGGAAGGAAGGAAUCCACAUUUUAUAACCACCACCACCACCACCCAUUCUGCAAACUCUUUAGCCCAGAAAACCCAGCUCAUUUCAUUAGCUGUGGAGCUGGUGAGCUGUUUUGCUGGCUUCUUGGUCUCAAUGCUUGAAAGCACACUUUCCCUAAAUACCUCUCUGUUCCUCUCCCAAGUAUUUAACCCAUCUUAUCCUGAGAACUCUGGCACUUUAAAAUCAGGAGAGGGUCAGAUUGAUCUGUGCUGUCCUUAUUCCAAUGAAUUCUGAUCAGAAUGGGCUGAGGGGAGGCACUCUUUUCUCGCCAACCGCUAUGAACCGGUAGCCACCAUGUUUUGGAGUAGCGUUUUCUGUCCUACGCUAGACAUGCUGCAGUUUUGGUGCUGUUCAAAUUGCGCCCCUCUCCUCUCACUACAAUAAAGUCAACUUUGUGUUAGUGA